AAGGCUGAGUUCAAAAAGUGGUGCUGGGGACCUUCUGUUAUGGAGUGUCUCAGGAUUUGUUUGAUCCACCAUGCUCUUUCACCAUUGAGGAAGGUUGUCUAGAGUUUUCAAGUCUGGUGCUACGAGUGUGUUGGAACCUAAUUGUAUCUCCCCUUUCUGCCUAAAUUCAUAGAAGAUGUUUUGGUUCUAAACCCACACCUGUCAUUCGUAAUGGACUAGAUGGAGGUGUACAAAUUAAAUGUUGAUCCAGAAAAGAGAGAAGUUCUCUUGUUUAGCCAAAAGGCAGAGCAGCAAAUAGGAGUUAAGCCUUUGGGUAAAUUCCUAUCUGAAUUGUUGUGAUGUACUCUCUGUGAACAUCACAAACAUUUUGCUGGUCAAAAGUUGCAGACAGACUGUUAACAAGGGUUGGUUACAGGGAGCAUAUGACAUCUUUGUUUCAAUUGCUCCACUGGCUACUGGUCUGUUACCAGUCAAAAUUUAAAGGCAUGGAUGUGGUGUAUAAAACUCUAUGUGGCUCAGAUUAAUAAUCUGCAGGACUAUAUUUUUUUUCCAUAUAAGCCUUUACUUUGAAGUCCUUGAGAGAGGCACUUCUCUUGGUCCCCCCACCCUCACAGGCACCUCUGGUGGAAGCACAGGAGAUGAUUUUUCGGUGGCUCCCCUCAGCUGCUGGAAAGCCCUUCCUAGAGAUACUAAGUUGACUCCUUCCUUGGGGUCCUUCCUUCAAAAACCGAAUACAUCGGCGUCAACAACAACAUUUUAACAAGCCUUUGGAAACUGACCAUCAACUGCUGGUGUUCUGUCUUCUAAUAUCUGUCCAAUGGAGCAGCUUAAAAAAUUAAAUGAAUUGCAUGGCAGAGUGCUAUUGGAAAAGGCCAGGCUGUAUUUUACAAGAAAACCACUGCCAACUUUGGAAGAAAGGAAGAAGUAUGAUUGUGAAUUUGCAACUUCCACCUCAUUCCAUGGAGUGCAUAAUAUUAUUCGCACCAAAAGCAAGACACGUAAAGUGCUAUGGAUGUUGAUAGUGGUGGGCUCAAUAGUCCUCGUUUCCUGGCAGAUCCGCAGUCGUUUCAUCAAUUAUUUCAGCUGGCCUACCACAACAUCAGUAGUAGUUCAGUAUGUGGAAAACAUUGAGUUUCCUGCUGUAACAUUUUGUAAUCUGAACAGGUUCCAAACCCAAGCAGUAGCUAACCUGAGCAUCAUUGUCUUCUUAUGGAGCAUAGUGUCUGAAGUUCUUCAUAUGUUUCACAUUGGUGAUACAUUUGACCAAGAGCUAACUAAAUUCCUUCAAGGUAAUCAGAAUUUCAGCAUAAAAGAAUUUACAAGGAAUAAUGGAUUCUAUCUCAAUGCUAGCACAUUGCUGGAUUGUGAAUUUUUUGGCAAGCCAUGUUUUCCAGAGGACUUUGAGCAUGUGUUCACUGAAUAUGGAAACUGCUUUACUUUUAAUCAUAUUAAUGUUCCAGCAACAAGAAGAGUGACUCUCUCUGGAAGGGGCUUAAGUUUGCUUUUUGAUGUCAAACAGGGACAGUUCACUGAUGACCCUGCUCUUGGAUUUGUUGAUGCUGGCAUAACCUUUGCUGUCCAUUCACCAAAAGCACCUCCUAGAUUUGAUGGUUUAGGUAUAGCUACACCAGUAGGCAUGCAUGCUCAUGCUACAAUUCGUCAGGUAAAGACAAUUAUCCAAGAAUACCCUUGGGGAGAAUGCAACCCAAACAUCAAACUUCAGCACCAUAAGCUCUACAGCACCUAUGGAUGUCUUCAAGAAUGCAAGGCUCGGUAUAUACAGAAGUGGUGUUAUUGCUUACCAUUCAUGCUACCAGGUAAUGGCACUGAAUGUGACAUGGAAAAAUUUUACAACUGUGUUUCUCCUGCACUGUAUAAAAUAGAAAUUAUGGGAUUGUGCUCAGUAGGAACUCAUAAUUCCACUUGUCCAGUACCAUGUGAGGAAACAGAUUACCCAACCACCAUCUCUUAUUCAACUUUUGGAAGUGAAAAGGCUUUGAAGUAUCUUUCCACAAAGUUGAGGAAAACAAAAGACUAUAUUAGGCAUAACCUUGUAUAUAUUGACAUUAAAUAUCAUGACUUGAAUUACAAAAUGACCCAGCAGCAGAAGGCAUUGAGUGUAUCUGAGUUGCUUGCUGAUGUCGGUGGCCGACUGGGUUUAUUUUGUGGAGCCAGUGUCAUUACAGUAAUUGAAAUUGUGGAAUAUAUUUUCACAAACUGCUGUUGGAUGUGUGUCUUUCUUCUUCUGAAAGCACCGGAGAUACCAAACUGGAAUACUUCAGAUGAAAAUCAACAAACCCAGAAGAGAAAAAUACAAGAAUGCUAAGGGCUUGGAGAAAAAGAAUAAAAGAUAAAUCUUUCUAUUUUAUAAAUGGCACUCAUUUUGAGGAUAAAACAAGGAAAAUUAGGAAAUGAUUCAACAGAUGAUAUUAGGUCAUUCAAUUUUUGUGUGUGUGGUGAAUCAAAGCUUUGCUUGUUGUAGCAAGGUGCUUUGAGGACAUGGGAAAGAUAGAACUAUGCAAUUUGGGCAUUGGCAUAUGUGGGAAACAACUUGAAGGCACACAACAACAACAAAAUUGUACACUAGCCUUACAGGCUGUUGUGUAUAUAUAUGAUGCAGACCGAUCUCAAGAAAGUUAACUUCUAGGCUACCACUCUCAGAAUUCUCUAGCCAGCCUGAGUCUUUCUGGGGGACAUCAUCCAAAUUUCCCACCACCACCUCUGGGUUAUGGGCAGUGCUGGCAUGACGGAGUAGAUAUACAUAUUUGGAGAAUCUCUGCCAUGAGAGUGUAAAAUGGCCACCAAACAACACAUCGGCAUCUGUUAUUCCCACUAAAUGUGGGAUUAAGGGCAGACAGGAGGCCCAAUGUCUUUUUUCUUAAAGAAUCAGUUAUUUCACCUUUCUUUGCAUCAGCCACAUAGUGGUGAAUAUAGAUCAGCACAGUAUAUUUAACUCCAAACAUGGUUUUGCCUUUGUUUCCCCCUUACCUUAAAACAGAUCUGCAGAAAUAUCUGAAACUGUACUUCUGUAUGCAAAAUAAAUAAAUGUUAGGCACAUUCAUAUAUAUAAAGUAUUGAGAAAUAUGGAA